AUGGGACUGCUGCGUUUGAAGAAGGAAGUUCUCUGCACGAGUCUCAGAAGUCGCAGCAUCUUUUUUCCUUCUCACAUAUCUCACUAUCAAACGUCCUUGUAUCCACAGAGAAAUUCUUUAUUUGACGCUGUCUAUGUCAUCAAUCUAGAUAGACGACCAGACCGUUGGACGUUUAUUUCAAAACAAUUGCAGCGUGCGGGGUUUCGUGAAGGGGACUACAAACGUUUCUCUGCUGUAGAGGGAAACAAGAUUGAUGCUCACAAGGCCCAUGCGUGUGGUCUACUCUCACUAUUAGGGUUUCUUCGUCUGCAGGAAGAGGAAUCCCACCGCAUAUGGGGAAUGGAUCUCAACAAGGGUGCUGUUGGCUGUGCACUGAGUCACGUGAUGGUGUGGGCCGCAAUCGCAGCGAGGCGUCAGCGUUGUGUUCUUGUCGUGGAGGAUGACUCUCUUUUCCCUGUGAACUUUCACCAACAGUAUGAAGAACGCAUGCGAAGAGUACCAGACGACUGGGAACUGGUGUAUGUGAGUGGAUUAGACACGGCUGGGCAGGCAUCUAUGUUGCGAGUAGCGGAAGGUGUUAGUCGUGUGCCGCAAAUGCAUCGAACGACCAAUUGCUAUGUUAUCAAGCAUGAAGGUGCACGUCGUUUGUUGGAUUUGUGUUUGCCCAUGACAUAUCAAUUAGAUACAAUGAUGACAUUGCAUGUUGGAAGCGAUACUAAUAAUAAUAAUAAUAAUAAUAAUAAUAAUAAUAAUAAUAAUAAUAAUAAUAAUAAUAAUAAUAAUAAUAAUAAUAAUAAUAAUAAUAAUAAUAAUAAUAAUAAUAAUAAUAGUGGGCGUGGUUCUGUUGUUGGUAGUGGUGGUGUGCCGCAUGUUGUGAUGCCUGUCUGCUAUACAAUGCAGCCUCCUCUUGUUGUGCAGGCCACACGAUUGGGCUCCGACAUUCAGUCAAGUAAUGGAAGAGAUGAGAAGGAAGAGGAACGGGAACGCUGUCGGGCAGCAGGAUGGAAUAUAGAUGAUCUAGAUACAUAG